GCCUCCAUCCAGCAUGGCGGACCUCAACCGCCAGCUGCAGGAAUAUCUGGCGCAGGGGAAAGCGGGCGGCCCUGCGGCCGCGGAGCCACUGCUCGCAGCGGGAGAGGCGAAGGAGUGCGCGGCGGGGGCCGGGGCGUGGUUCAGCCGCGCGGGCCUGCGCUGGACGUGGACACAGAGCCCCGCGGAGCCGGCGGCGGGACAGACGUGCCUGCCCAGCGUGACGCGCACUCAGCGGCUGGCGGCGAGUGGCGUGUGCCUGCUGCUGGCUGCGCUCUGCUUCGGCCUGGCCGCACUCUACGCGCCUGUGCUGCUGCUGCGCGCCCGGAAGUUCGCGCUGCUGUGGUCGCUGGGCUCGGCGCUGGCACUAGCGGGAGGCACACUACUGCGAGGCGGCGCAGCGUGUGGACGCCUGCUGCGCGGCGAGGAGGCGCCCUCGCGGCCCGCGCUGCUCUACGUGGUUGCGCUAGGCGCGACGCUGUACGCGGCGCUGUGUUUGCGGAGUACGUUGCUCACAGCGCUGGGCGCCUGCGCACAAGUGGCCGCACUGCUGGCCGCGUUACUGGGCGUGCUUCCCCGGGGCGCGGGCACCGCUCUGCGCAUCACGCUCGGGCGCUUGGGCCCGGGCGCCGCCCUCGCCAAGGCGCUCCCCGUUUGAGGCCCGCGCCGUCGGAAGGACGCAGAAUCCGUCCCCAGGAUGCGCCAUCGAGGGGACACGGACAACCGGUUCUAGGCCCAGCACCAGCCAAACCAAGGACUGCGCCUGUCCGUUCCCAGACCGCACUGGGUAGAAGCUGCUCCUUUACUGUGCCAGCGAACUGUAAACUGAGACACAAGCAGUUUGGGAAGCUCCUCGAUUUCUGCAUUUUGUGCUACACUCGGCAGCAAGUGCUGUGAAAACCAGAUUUUGUUUUGAAUUGGUGAUAGGACGCUAUGAAUAUUAGUGAUAAAUUGUUUUUGCGUUAACUGUGGUCUUAGAUUACACUCAGUAAAAAGAGUAAAUAGCUUU